GCAAAACAAACAAAAAUUGGUUGUUCACAUUGAUGCUAAACACGGAAGACCACUUGAUAGUGUGGAAUCAGCAAAGUUAUCUAGUGAGCUGGGGAUACUCUCUCGCGAAUUCAUGCGUGUACCGGCUAAAAUGGAAGGACUUUGAAAAGUCUGAGUUGUCGGUGGCUUUUGAUCAACUUGGUAUGCAUUUAUCCAUCGAUAAUCCAGAAGAGGAAACUAAAGAGAAUGUCUUGGAAUUGUUAAAGCAUCGAAUCAGACACCAGCGACAUAGGUUGAAUAAACAUUUCGGGAAGUUCACUUCGCUGGAGGAAGCAAUUCGAAAUAAACCUUACUUUGGAGGCUUAACUCAAGCGAACUGGGAAUUACUAUGUACUAAUCUUUUUAGCGAUCCUCAGUACCAAGAAAGAUGCAAAAUAAAUAGGAACAAUCGAAAAAAGAUGAUUACAAAUCAUAAUCAAGGCUCUAGGUCUUUUGUAGCAGCUCGCAAUAUACUUAGUAAAGAACUAGAAGAGGAGGAGGAGGAUGAUGAUGAUGAUGAUGGUGAUGAGGAAGUCGAUAGGAUAAAAUUUUACAAACAUUGUCAUUAUAAAGAAGGGAAGGGGUGGGCUACUCCACAAUGUGAAAAAAAUUAUGUGGAAAUGGAACGUCGUAGGACUGAAGUCGAAGAAUUUGGUGAGAAAGUUGAUGCCGAUAAAAUUGCUGAUGAUGUUCUUGGAAAAAGAUCUUCUUACAUUGUUGGACUUGGAUAUGGUCCAAAACCAAAAAAAAUUGCAUCAAAUUCGACUAUGAAAAUGCUUGAAGAACGUUUAAAAGAGAAGGAAAAAGCAAAUUUGGAGCUUAAGGAUAGAGUUGUUUCCAUGGAAACAACUCAUCAAGAGUAUGGUCGUCUCAUUCAACAAUUGAUGGAGUCUCAACAACGUUCAAAGUGGAGACAUUCUACUUGGCGAGAGAAUAGAAGUUAUGCACUUGGUGGAUUUCCUAUCAUCUUAUUCAAGCUCAAAGUAGUAAUGAUGUUUUAGUUUAUAUUUUUUAUUCAGGUUUUCAAAUUCAAUUUGUAAGGAAGACUUUAAUAUUAGGUUGUUAUUUUAGGUGUUUUAGAAUGAUCGUUUGAAUUUUCGUGUCAAUACUUAUUUCAGUUUAGUUUUCAUUUAUUUGGGAUAGUAAUUGACUGUUACUUUUAUAAUAUUUUAUUUAAUUUAUUUGUCUAUUUAU